UUGAGCAGAAGGUCAGUUCAUUCUUCGGACACGAAUAACGUAUCACUGGUGUUCGACUGUAUUAGCAUUAAACAGGCUUCAGUUCUUCCUUUCUUCUCGAUCGCUGCGGUUCUACCUUGCGGACCUACCAGAUUCGAAGGUGAAAUCAAGAUAUGCGGUGCUUAUUACUGGUCGCGCUUUUUGCGGUGGCAAAUUGUCACGAUUUUAACACAGUUCGUUCAUGGAACUAUGUCGAUUUCAAUUUUGCAAAUGAAUCCGUCCGAAAUGCGCUAAUAUCCUGCGGAGAAUACAUUCCUGAAAAUAAUAUGCCUCUUGGGAUGCAAGUUUGGAACGAUAAAAUAUUUAUUACGGUUCCACGAUGGAAAAAGGGUGUUAUUUCUAACUUAAAUUAUUUUGCGAAGAAUGAUCAGUCAGAAUCUCCCAAGUUAAUUCCUUAUCCCGAUUGGCAAAUGAAUUGCAUGAAUAUGCCAGGUAGCAUUGUGAGUAUUUUCCGUGUUAAAGUCGACGCUUGUGAUCGACUUUGGGGAGUUGAUACAGGCGUCAGUGACAUUUUAGGCAACUCCACUGUUGUACAGCCACCAAGGAUCUUCGUCUUCGACCUCAAAACCGACGAGGUACUCAGAGUAUACACUCUAAAAGAAUCAGAUCAAACACCUAACUCCUUCUUUGCUGACGGGGUUGUGGAUGUUGAUCCAAACGAUUGCAACAAUGCUCAUUUCUAUAUUUCUGAUUUGGGAGGGUACGGUAUAGUAGUUUAUAGUUGGGCCAAGAACGACUCCUGGAGAAUUACGCAUAGCUAUUUCCAUUUCGAUCCUCUGAAUGGUGACUACAAUAUCAGUGGAUACAAUUUCCAAUGGAACGAUGGUGUGUUCGGCUUAUCUUUGUCCGCACCACGAAACGAUGGUUACAAAACUUUAUAUUUCCAUGCGAUGUCUGGUAUCACCGAGUUUUCUGUGUCCACCGAAGUCCUGCAGGACGACACGUUAAAUAAAUCGAGCGAUUACCAUGCUUUCCGCGUCGAAGGUGGAAAGGGGUUGAAUUCUCAGGGACCCACAUCGUUGAUCGAUACAAAAACUGGUAUUGAUUAUUUUACCCAAGUGAGCAAGAACGGUAUAGCUUGUUGGGACACCAGUGUACCGCUGGAUCAGGAUUCAUUUAUUCUCGCAGCUCAAGACAACACGACGUUGGUCUUCCCGAACGAUAUGUCCAUCGAUCCAUCAUCCAACACGCUAUACGUGCUUUCCGAUAAUUUACCGCAAUUUUUGUUCUCGGAUUAUGAUUCCAAGAAGCGUAAUUUCUUCCUGACGAUGGCCAAUCUUGACUCUUUGACGUCUGUCUGCAAGAAAAGGAACUCUAACACGAGAUGAAUCCGAGAUACUUCAAUGACACUUCCAUUUUGAAAAACUUUGCAUUUUGAACACACUUUAUGGACUAUCACAUUUGUAACACUUAUAUACAU